CAAACGGGCCAAUUACGGAUUUUCAUUAUUUUUUUUUCACCCCACUACUCGCGAGAUCGCUCGGCAUUUUGUCUCCGGAACUUGCAGAAGCUUUGUUCAUAUUGCCGGAGUAGAGGGGCUUUUGCUCCGGCGAACGGCUGAAAAUGGAUGCACCGUCGCCGUGUGAGUUGAACUUGAAUAAAAUUGCUGCACUUAUAGAGGGCUUAGCUUUGAACGUCAAACAUAUCGGCCAAUUCGACCCUGGCCAAUUCUACAGUAUCUGCAUUUCCCUUGCCAGAUCUAUUGACUUAUCUAUAGCAAACAACAAAGUUCCAUCUCAAGCUCACAGUUUACCUGGUCUCUUGAAACAGAUAUGUCAGAAGAAACAUACUCAUCAAACAAAAGCAGCAAUUAUGGUGCUCAUGAUAUCUGUCAAGAGUGCUUGCAAGAUGAGAUGGUUUUCGGAAAAGGAAGCAGAGGAACUCUACAGUCUUGCUAAUGAGAUUGGUAGUGAUUUCUUUGGAGAUGUGAAUACUGGACAAACCAAUUCCCUUACCACGAUUACUACUGUUAUGGAAAGAUUUUUUCCUCGAAUGAAGCUGGGUCAGAUUAUUGCAUCUGUGGAAGUUAAGCCUGGAUAUGGAGUAUUUGCCACUGAUUUCAAUAUUUCAAAGACAACACAAUAUUCACAACAGGAGAAAAUACUACUAUUUGUUGUUCAAAAAGAUAAUAUUGAGACGUCUGCAUGUUUAAUCACUCCUCCACAGGUUAACUUUCUUGUCAAUGGGAGGGGAGUCAACGGUAGGACAAACACCGGAUACACGGAUACUGGACCACAGCUUCCAACAAAUAUAGCUUGUAUGCUUAAAUUAGGAUCAAAUCUUCUCCAAGCAGUUGGUAACUUCAAUGGUAGGAUCUAAUUCU